AAACACACAGACUCACACACACCAGCUGGCUUGCUCGCAGACACACACCACAAGCAUCGAGAGGCAGAUGCUGUGGAAUUGAGGGACUGUGGCAGCGGUUUCUCUAAUAUCUUAUUUUAAUGGGCUUAUUGUCAUCUAUCAUUUCAGUGGAAAACAGCCACCGAGGGAGAGAGGCAGGUGUGCCCUUUAAGAGGGGGAGCAGCUGAAGCAAGGACAGCAUCCAAGUCUCCAUCCUCUGUGGAGGUUGUGCGGUUCUAUAGAGCGCAAGAAAGAGAGGCGGUCAGCCAGAGCUCUCCGGUUUUCUGUUCUCGUUCCUUCCACCUGGAAAUAGGCUGAAAUGGUUGGCAGUAUUCACAGGCCUAAACCUGUCUGAGUGAGCCCUAUGAACAGCAGACCCAAUGGACAUCAAAGGCCAGUGUUGGACAGACGAGGAGUCGGACGGAGAGAAUGAGUCGGAACAGUUCCUGUAUGGCAUUCAGUGCUUGUUGCAGGGGAGCUGUGCUGCCGACCUGUACCGUCACCCUCAGCUGGAUGCAGACAUUGAGGCAGUAAAAGACAUCUACACUGACAGUGCUGUCUCUGUCAGGGAGUACGGAACAAUUGAUGACGUGGACAUCGAUCUUCACAUUAACAUCGGUUUCUUAGAUGAGGAGGUUGCGACAGCUUGGAAAGUUAUCAGAACAGAGCCCAUUAUUCUGAGACUGCGCUUUUCUCUUUCUCAGUACCUCGAUGGACCUGAGCCGUCAGUAGAAGUGUUCCAGCCCUCCAAUAAAGAAGGUUUCAGUCUGGGCCUGCAACUCAAAAAGAUCCUGAGCACGUUCACCUCACAGCAGUGGAAGCACCUCAGUAAUGAGUUCCUCAAGGCCCAGCAGGAGAAGAGGCACAGCUGGUUCAAAGCCGGAGGAACCAUCAAGAAGUUCCGUGCCGGGCUCAGCAUCUUCUCCCCCAUACCCAAGUCUCCAAGUUUUCCUCUGAUCCAAGACACAGUUUUAAAAGGGAAGCUGAGCGUCCCUGAGCUGAGAGUGACCCGCCUGAUGAACCGCUCGAUCUCAUGUACCAUGAAGAACCCCAAAGGGGAGCUGUUCAGCUAUCCCCCAAACAGCCAGACUGUGGCUGUCCCGGCGGCCAGGGCCCCAGCGCAGAUUACCACGAGGCAGCUGAUUGAAUUGUUUUUCUCAUCCCAGGCGGGCGGCCACUGCAAGAACAUCCCUACCUUGGAGUAUGGCUUCUUAGUGCAGAUAAUGAAGUACUCAGAGCAGAGGAUCCCCACGCUCAACGAGUAUUGCGUGGUCUGUGACGAACAGCACGUCUUUCAGAAUGGAUCCAUGCUGAAGCCCGCAGUGUGCACCAGGGAGCUGUGUGUGUUCUCCUUUUACACUCUGGGUGUGAUGUCUGGAGCUGCAGAGGAAGUGGCCACUGGGGCAGAGGUGGUGGACCUACUUGUGGCUAUGUGUCGAGCUGCUCUUGAGUCUCCCCGUAAGAGCAUCAUCUUUGAGCCCUACCCAUCAGUCGUUGACCCCAAUGACCCCAAGACUCUGGCCUUCAACCCAAAGAAGAAGAAUUAUGAGAGACUGCAGAAAGCACUGGAUAGCGUCAUGUCCAUCCGGGAAAUGACCCAGGGCUCAUAUCUGGAGAUCAAGAAACAGAUGGACAAACUGGAUCCUUUGGCACAUCCCCUGCUACAGUGGAUUAUUUCCAGUAACAGGUCUCAUAUCGUCAAGCUGCCUCUCAGUAGGCAACUGAAAUUCAUGCACACUUCCCACCAGUUCCUGCUGCUCAGCAGUCCCCCAGCCAAGGAGGCUCGUUUUCGCACUGCCAAGAAGCUAUACGGCAGCACCUUCGCCUUCCAUGGUUCCCAUAUAGAGAACUGGCACUCUGUUCUGAGAAAUGGACUAGUCAAUGCCUCUUAUACCAAACUGCAGCUGCAUGGGGCAGCAUAUGGAAAGGGCAUCUAUCUGAGCCCCAUCUCCAGCAUAUCUUUUGGAUACUCAGGAAUGGGGAAAGGACAGCACCGCAUGCCCACCAAAGAUGAACUGGUGCAGCGUUACAACCGUAUGAACACCAUACCACAGAGUCGUCCAAUACAAUCAAGGUUCCUUCAGAGUCGAAAUCUGAACUGCAUCGCUCUGUGUGAAGUUAUCACAUCUAAGGAUCUGCAGAAACACGGUAACAUCUGGGUGUGUCCUGUAUCCGACCACGUCUGUACUCGCUUCUUUUUUGUGUAUGAGGAUGGCCAAGUAGGAGAUGCCAACAUCAACACCCAGGAGCCUAAGGUUCAGAAGGAGAUCAUGCGUGUGAUUGGGACCCAGAUCUACUCCAGCUAAUGGCGGUUCAGCGGCAACGCUUGGAUCAAUGCGUCUCUCUGGCAGAGGCACACAGGCAGGCAGACAGAUAGAGCGAAUGUUUGGGCGAGCUGACCUCAGGCCUGAUACUGAAGGCUGAGGGUUGAGCUCUCGAGCACAUUAUUUCUAGACUUGUUUUGUUCUGGUCCUCUCAUUUUCCCCCCGCUCGCUUUCUCUCGCUCUCUCUCUCUCUCUCUCUUCAUCUCUCUCUCUCUCUUCAUCUCUCUCUCUCCUCUUUGUUCCCUCUUCCCAAGUGGUUACACAUUACAUGUUCAUUUAACCCUCAGUUAGGUUUAGCCUGGUCAAAGUCGGUGUGCUUUUCUCAGAUCAUGACAUUUACAACAGAACUGUAACACUCUGGUGAAGAAAAAAAAAGGAGGUAGUCACUGGUAUGGCUCUCCACACAUAUACACACACUUUCAAACCCUGGGUCAACUGGGCUUUUUCCUUUCUUGCUGCACUUUUACUGAUCCUUUGGACUAAUUAUCUCUAUUUAUCAUUUCUCUUUGUGAAUAUCUAGUGACAAAAUAAUCAUUCCAAAAGAUAAUUAGAUCCCUUUGUGGUUGGACGGAUUUACAUGCACAUAGAAGUUUGUUCUCUUAUUGUGUUUGCAAAGGCAUUAUCUCUGAAUUAGUUUAUUUAAUUUUCUUCCACUAAUGAAAUGGAUUAAGGUCUGUGACACUGUUAUCUGAGGGUCAGGCAUUGCUCUGUCAUUUUGUCCUUGUCCUCUGGAUGAAGCUGCCAGAAUCUAGUAAGCGAGGUGUGGCUUGAAGUAACAUAUGCUAUAGGCACUUUGAUGAUCAAUGGUAAAAAUCCAGCCAUGGAGAGUAUUAUGAUAUUUUAUGACAGAAUUAAGACUGUUCUGAUUGAUGAUGCACUUUCAAAACUUCACAGCCCAAAACAGCCCCUCAAACAAACAAAAACAAAAACAUUGCUUUUAUCUGACUGGACAGAAGUGUAACAUGACAGGUUAAAUAAGAAAAAGGGUCAUAAAAUUUCCCUAAAGCUUCAUUUAAUGAUAUUUUUGCUAUUAACAUUUAAUGAGAAUACACCCCAUAAUGUAAACCAGUUGGUAUUACCACUGAUUCCACUGAGAAAUAACACCCAUUGUUCUGGUUUGCCGUGUCUAGCUGUCACUCCAUAAUUAUUUUUGCAUUUGUCCCAAAGACUGAAACAUGGAGCUGAACCAUUAAGUUCAUAAGAAAAAUCUACUACUUACUAGAAAAGUUUCAGCAACUUGACAUUUGAUGAAAAAGAUAAGAUUUUAAACAUCUUUUUUUUUUUUUUUUUUUGGGAUAUUCCAUUUUGGAAUAAAUCUCUGUGUGUAUGAACUACACUUCCCAUUGGAUUCACAACUUACAAAAGUCACUGUACAGAAACACAUGGACAAUUUAACCAAACUAUCUACUGACAGUAUCCAGUUCAGGUGAGCUCACAUGCUUCCCACCCCUACCCAAUGGACACUGGAUGUUAUAGAGGUGCAUUAACAUGCAGCUCUUUGGUUUCAGCUUGGAGAAUGGCACCCUUGUAUAGCUAAUCAAGUUUAUCAGUUAGUCAUGUACUGUACGUAUGUAUGUACGUGUGGGUUUGUAUUUUCUUGACAUUAUACUAGACAUUGCACUUAUUCAACGUUUGCCUAAACUGGAGAAAUGGACUGUCCUCAGACCUGCAGUAGACGGGUAGUGGAGGAAAAAUGGGGGGAAAAAAAAGUAUUUAUGGAGUCAGAAGACUAUAAUAUCCAAAAUCUUAACUAUGUCUGUACUAAUAUGGGCUUUCAGUGUCUCCUGGAACUGAAAAUUCUGACUACUGAAUGGACUUUUGAGGCACUGAAAGAGAAUGGACUGUAAAUAAGGACAUUGGAGAACUUGUUGAAAUGUACUACCCAGAAAGAGACCGAGGUGUACAGCUGACUCAUUCUGUUGUGGGACCGCGCUAUAAAACUUGAUGCCUGUGUUUGCGAAGAGGUUUGAGCUCCGAGUCUCUUUGAGAAUCUAUUCUUUCGCUCCCUGUCUCUGGUGAGUAAUGUUUUCAAAGAUGAUGUUGACGACAAUGAUGGUGAUUAUGAUGAUGAUGAAAAGCGACGAUGC